AUGGCUGAUGGUUCUACAUAUCCUUUUAAUACAAAUGAAUUAACUUAUGAGAAGUAUUAUAAUAUGCUGAAUACAGGAAUUCAAAAUGUAUCUAAUAUUUUCAUGUUUUGUGCUGUUCAAGAUGAUAAUUCAAUAAAUCAUUACCCAAGUAUUAAGGAAUUCUGUUCAAAAUUAACACAUUAUUUAAUAAAUGAAAACAAAAAUUUGAAACUAUAUAAUUCGAUCAAUGAUUUUUGCAAUAUAUUAAGUUACUGGUUAUACGGAAAAUUAGAACAAAUGUGUAAAAGUGUUAAGUGUAAGGCUAACGAUAUUUAUAAAAAAAUUUUCAAUAUAUUAAUCCGGAUUUCUAAAUCUACACUUUACAGGGAGAAAUUUUUUUUCAAUUGUAAAAUAGAUUCUAAUAUAAAUUUGAAGAAUAAUUGGUUUGUGGCAGAUUGUACAUAUAGUAGUGGAACUGAGUGCCCAAUACCAUAUGAGAAAUUUAAAAAUUGCGAUCCAAGAGAAUUGCAAAAAUAUUUUAACUGCCAAAAAGAAGCACAAGAAGAAAUUGCGAGUUUAAAAACGUCAUCUCCUGAAACAUCAGACAUCUAUCCAGAAGCAUCGGAUGAUUUUUCUAGUGCACCAAUCAUUACUUCAACUGAUGAAAUUAGUGAUGGUAGACUAAUAGAUGAAUAUGAAACGCCUGAAGAAUCUUAUAUAAUAGAUAAUGGUUUAAGUCCUCUAGCAGUGUUUGGUAAUGUCCUUUUAGGAGGAAUAAUCACUUCAUUACUUGUUGGUGUUUUAUAUAAAUUUACACCCAUAGGUAAUCAGUUAAGAAAUAUCAUGGUAAACAGAAUGAAUACAUUUGGACAUAUAAAAAAAGAAAGAAAUGAAUUAUAUAAUGAUGUAUCAGAAUAUCUUAAUCCUUAUUAUAAUGAUCCACAAGAUCAUUACGUAGGGUACAGCUCUUUGUAA